AUGGAAAACACAAAUUUGACAUUUAAAGUUGUCAUCAUCGGCGAUAGUGGCGUCGGCAAGUCAAACCUCAUGACGCGCUACACGGCAAACGAGUUCAGUCAAGACACGCCCGCCACAAUUGGCGUGGAGUUUAUGACAAAGAGCAUUAAAAUUGAGGGACGUGAUGCGAAGGUGCAAAUUUGGGACACGGCAGGGCAGGAGCGAUUCCGCGCCAUCUCACGCUCCAUCUACCACGGCGCAAAGGGCGCCAUGCUCGUCUAUGACAUCACAAACCAAACGUCAUUUGACUCCAUUCCAACGUGGCUGCAGGAGCUUCGCGUGUUUGUGCCCGCGACCUGCUCCAUCUUCCUCAUUGGCAACAAGUGCGACCUGGAGCACCUGCGGGUGGUGAAGAAGGAAGUCGCCGACCGUUUUGCCCGUGAAAACGGCCUGUCAUUUCUUGAGACCUCCGCCCUCGAGAAGACAAAUGUAGAGAAGGCCUUUGAGUGGCUGGCGAAGUCCGUCUACGACCUCGUGGUGGCGCCUGUUGACGCGGCUGGUGGCAGGCGACCGCCGCUGAAUGCCGCAGCAAACGCAAAGCGACCCGUCAACCUUGGUGCAAGUAACGACGGGCAGGCUGCUGGUAAAAAGGAAAAUACUGGUAGGUGCUGCUAG